UGCAAUUGACUUAUUGGAGAGGGAAGCAAUGAGUUUCUACGCUGAAGAUAACCCACCAGCAUCCAUAGGUUCUUCUACUUCUGGUGGUCCAAAAGAGGGUCUACCAGAGAUGUCAUUAUGGGGUCACCUCCAGUCUCUCUCACAAAGAACCAGACCGAGUUCAAAAGAAGAUGCAGUGAAACAACAUGUCCAGGCCUACAUAAAUUCUCCUUGCAUACCAAUGCAAGAAAAUCCAUGUUCAUGGUGGAAACAGCAUUCUCAAUUAUAUGGACCAAUCGCUUCAGUUGCAAAGCGUUAUCUGGGGAUUCCUGCCACUGAAGUAGCAAGUGAGAGAAUCUUCUCGAGUGCCGGAAAUGUGGUGAAUGAAAGGCGCAGGUGUUUAACCCAGGAACACAUUAGUGAAUUGGUUUUUUUGCACCAUAAUAUAGAUAUUUAAGAUAUUUCGAAAAUGCACAA